ACAUGGUCGACGGUUCAGCUGCUGCGGGGUGGUAGUAUAAGUGGUGACCUCUCUCUCCUUCUCCUUCUCCUCUCGCGGCGACAGCGCCGAGACAAGGACCCGACGUGUAGCUAGUAGUGCACGGAGAAGAAGACAGUUCCCUAGCCUCAGCUGAGGACGGAUAUGAAGUUUCCCUGAAAAACCACGAGAGAGUAUCACCAACCGUCGUUCACCUUUUCGUGUCCUGUGUACGCCGUACGUUUCGUUCUUGGACGCUUUGUGUAACAGUAAUCCACUCUCGAAGUAGCAGUCACCUUAUUGACUCUGAUUGGCGUUGUUCGAAGUCGAUAAGAAAUCAACUGUCGGAGAACCUCAACGAUGAGUGAACGCAUCAACGUGGACUCACCACCUUUCUCCCGCGUGUUCGUGGUGUGCAGCAAGUCGCACCGUGAGGAGGACGUUAACGCUGCGUUCUCGCAGUACGGAGUGGUUGAAGAUGUGUGGAUGGUGAAGGACAGAAUGACGAAGGAGAACAAAGGCAUCUGCUAUAUCAAAUUCGAUAAGGCCUCUUCGGCCGCGCUGGCCAUUGAGAAUUUGGAUGGCAAAGUGAUAGGUGACGAGCCUAAGCCAAUAAAGGCAAUGAUAGCGUCCUCGAAAAGCUCCACGGUCAAGACAGACUACAAUGACGAGAGUGCCCGCACCAGGCUCUUCGUGGUAUGCCCCAGGGAGUUCUCUGAAGAAGACCUCAAACAAAAGUUUAACGAGUUUGGCGACUACGAGUACUGUAACAUCAUCCGGGACAAGCAGACAGGGGAGAGCAAAGGGUUCGGCUACGUCAAGUUCUCAAGGGCUUCGACAGCAGCGCUGGCUAUGGAAAACUGCGACAAAAGUCUCAAAGCGAUUCUGGCGGAGCCGAAAUCGGCCAAAUUUGCGCGAGAGGCGGCCCAAGCGGCGAUCACACGGGAACCACGGUACAGCCCGCGAGGAGACGGGCUGGGCCCUGGAAUGGGAGGAAUGGGAGGAAUGGGCUCCGUUAGUCCGACCCACAACCCGAUGGAUCUGUUCACCAGCCAGAGCUACAUGUUCCAGGGCUACGAGUCGGGCAUCGGGAACCGUCUGUUUGUACUCGUUAACCCGGCAGUCACCCAGGAGCAGCUAAUGAGGCUGUUUGACUUGAUUCCGGGGAUGGAGAUCUGCGAAAUAAAGAGAAAUCACAUAACAGGCGAGUCUCGAGGGUUUGCCUAUAUCACCUACAGUUCUAUCCAGGCCGCGGUCUACGCCAAAGAAAAAUUGAACGGUUUCGAGUACCCGAUUGGUCAAAAAAUGAUUGUGAAAUACGCGGACGAUCCCAUGCCCCAGCGGUACCCACCGAGCCCAACGGCAGAGCCAAUGUAUGCAUCCAGCUCCUAUCACUCCGCCCCGCUGUCUCCAAUUCACCGUUCACCCAUGCGCUCACCCGCCCGUUCAAUCUCACCCAUGCGCCCCAUGCCGAUCGGGAGGCAUCGUCGCCACUCCAUCACCGAAUUUGACGGUCGCGUUUUCUUCAUCUGCUCCCCGCAACCGCCCGCAGAGCACAUCCUGCGAGAUAUCUUUGGACGCUUUGGAAUACUCACAGACGUCUGGGUGGUGCGGGGGAAGAACUACGGAUAUGCAAAGUUCACGAAUCGAGGAUCGGCAGAAGCUGCUAUUACUGCACUACACGGGAUGGAGGUGUUUGGUGUCAAACUAAAGGUUAUGUUAGCCGAUCCACCGCCAGAUGACCCGUCCAGGAACAAACGGCCGAGAAUGUAGGGACGGUGAAGGAAAUGUACGAUCUGGCAAACCAGUGAGGCAACUGUAUGUAAACGUCAAUCAUUAUGUACACUUGUACAAUAGCCAUACAUUAAUCGAGACACACAAUCAUAAUUAUUCAUUCGCACUGAAUUAUUUGUUUUUAAGUGAAGUAAGGGCCAAAAUUUUCAACGUUAGAGCUAAAAUAAUAA